ACCCGAAACGCCCUCUCCUCCAAGCCUGAAACGCAAACGACCAGAACCGCACGUCCAUUUCCGAUCUACAUCGGGCUCAACUUCCUUCCAUAGCCUCGCCACCCAAUCCUCACCCACACCUCCCAUCGCCUCGCCACCCCAAUCUCCUAGCAUAGCCGACAUGGUAGGAAAGGCCGCAAAAUCGCAACACGGGACAAGAGUCCAAAACUUCUCGGCCUCGACGAGAUCUUCGAGAUUACACGACGCGAUGAGCAUGGCCGGAUUGAAGAGCUCAACGACCCUGCCCAGAUUUCCGACCGCGACGAGCAUGCCACGAUUGAACAGGGCGUCGAGCGCUAAUAUCGUCAAAAGGGUGCCGAGCGCAAAUGACGGGAAGAAGACGCAAAGAGUGCAGAAUGCGAAAAAGGCGGAAAAUGGGAAGAAGGCGCAGAGUGCGGCGAGUUUGAUUAGAGAGUUGGCGAUGCAGUUUGACGCUGAGCUUGCGGAGCCGAGGGUGGGGGCCGGAGGGCCUAUUGAUAUCGGUACCACGGGUAUUGGUGUCGGUGUCGGCGUCGAGGGGGCAGGUGGAGGAGGCAGUCGGGAGAGUACGCGUGUUGGUGAUGUUGACGGUGUGGAUGACGUGGCUAGUUCAGGAGCGAAUAGCGCAGGACAGUUGGGGGGCGAAGAUGAGGUCGAUGAGGUGGAGAACGAAGUGGGGGGAAGUUCGGAGAUGGAUAUCGAAAUGCAGCUUACGGAGGGUAUCUCGACGGCGAGCAUCACAAAAAAGGUCAACGGGACGAGUCACCAGAAUCGUACACGAUCCAGAAGUGGGUCGGACAGGGUUAGUCCGACCAAGGAGAAGGAGAAUAAAGUUGUAGGAUCGCAGGAUCAUGAGGAGAUGCCACGGAGCCAAGCUAGUCAGGAGUCGUUCCAAUUUCAGCUACUCACUCAGCCUCCGUAUCGUUCUCCGCAGUCUUCUCAACGUAGUAUUCGAUAGACAGCGUUUUCUUGGACGGAACGAGUCAUACUUCCCCAUGCAUUUCCUGGUCGUGAGGACGGGUAUCUGGCGUUCAUUGGAAGGUGUGCAUAUCAGGACUUCAACCAAAGACAUCCCUCAAUUCGCGUCGCUGUGGUACAUCCACAAGCAAGCCGCGUGUGGAUCUUUCCCAUGGAUAGUCUUUCCACGACGCAAUAAUGCU